UGGAAUGAUCCAAGGUAUGGUCACCUGGAGGAGGCAGUUCUUUGGCCUGCCCCCAUGCUGCCCCUUCUCUUCACGGCGUCCAUCCUGUCUGCUUGCUGCCUAACCGAGAGCAGCUGCCUCUCCCACGAUGACCUGAGAGAGCUGAAGACCCAAUUUGCCAUCAGCCUCUACCAGCACGUGGCCCGAGCGGAGAACAGGAGCAGCCUGGUGCUGUCGCCGGCCAGCGUGGCCGCUUCCCUGGAGCUGCUGCAGUUGGGAGCCCAAGGAAACACCUUUGCGGAGCUGCGCGAUGCCCUGGGAUACAGCAUUCACGACGGGAGCACGCAGGACCUCGUGUCCGCGGGGCCGAGCGGCGGUGGCGGUGGGAAGGCCCGGCCGGCCUGCGCGCUCUUCGUGGGGGCGGCCGUGGAGCUGUCGCCGCUCUUCGCGGCGCGCGCCGCGCGCUGGGCCCGCGGCAGCCUGCAGCAGGCCGACUUCAGCGACGCCGGCGCCGCCGCGGCCCGCGUACGGCAGUGGAUCCGCGCCAACACCGGAGAUGGAAAUGUCCCCAGCAUGUCCUUGGAGACGGCUGCAUCGCCACUCAAUCAGAUCGCUGUGGUCAGCACUAUGUACUUCAAAAGCACCUGGCAAAAGAAGUUUUCCUUCAUGGACACUCAGAUGUUGCCUUUUACUACAGCCGAGGGCUCAACCCUGAAAGUGCCUACGAUGCAUCACACAGCCGAAGUUAACUACGGCCAGUUCCAGACGGCGUCGCUGGAGGCGCUCAGCGUGCUGGAGCUGCCCUAUGUCGGGGAGGAGAUCAGCCUGUUGGUGCUGCUGCCCAGCCACGGGGGCACCUCGCUGGCCCGCCUGGAGUCGCACCUUUCGGCCAGCGCCCUGGCGCUCUGGGCUGGCAGCUUGAAGAGAAUGAGGAUGGACGUUUUUCUACCCCGAUUCAGUAUCCAAAGCAAUUUUGACCUAAAGAUGGCUUUUUCUGCCUUGGGAAUUACAGACAUAUUUGAUCCCAUCAAGGCUGAUUUUAGAGGUAUUUCAGAGCAAGGCAGUCUUUAUGUCUCCGAAGCUGUCCACAAAGCGAAGAUCGAGGUGGCAGAAGAUGGCACGAAGGCAUCAGGAGCCACAGCAGUGGUAUUACUGAAAAGAUCCCGAACGCCUGUGUUCAAAGCAGACCGGCCUUUCACGUUUGUGCUGAGGCAAGCUAACACAGGGUCAGUACUCUUUAUAGGAAGAGUUACAAAUCCUUCAUAGUGAAUGCCAGACUAACGCACUGUCCUUCUUGCGGUGAGCUUUC